AUGGCACAACCAGAGACCAAUGCCAACUUGUCCGAGAUGCUCGCAAAGCUGAAGAUGCAUCGAGAACAAUUCCACAAGCUUAAGCAGGAGGUCGAAGCGUUGAUGGGGAACACGGGCGAAAGCAACGCGUUGGAGAACAAUCUCGCCAAUGUCACUUUGAUCAACGUCGAGGAAAAGACAGAGGAGGUCGAGUCCCCGUCAUUGAGGAAAUCCUUCACAGUGUUGGAAGAGGAAAAGCUGCAUAUCGCCUUUUAUGAGUUUGAUCAAUCCAUGUGGGAUGCCUCCUUGCUGUUAUGCUUUCACCGCACCAGCAUCAUUGACAAGGUAUUGCUCUUUGUCGGAGUGAGCAUCAACCUGACUCUUCAAGUGUCGCUUUUGCUGGUGGUGUACAUGAAUCUCCUUGACAACCCCUACCCAAACGAAAAGGUGCAGGAGAUGAUCACGUGGCGAGUGUCGAAUGGCCACUCCUCCUUUGAUGAAGACUCGGGGAAGAGUAUUGUGAUGCGCUUGUGUUCCCGCGAGCUGUGGUCCUACGAGCAAGAUCAGUACGACGAGAUGUUUGACUACCUCUACAAGCCUGUUCCGGGCGUGAUUUUGAGCGCUUUGGCCAUUAUCCUUUGGGUGCUGACGAUUAUGGUGGAAUACCGCCACUGUAUCGAGCAGUACCUUGGUGUCCUUCACUUGCCUCGCUUGACCGCCCAGGACGAGUUUGAGGAAAUCAACGAUGAUGGGGAGAUUGUCAUCAAGGGUAUUCCGUGGUACUACCGCUACAUCGCACUCAUUUUCUUGUGUUUGCCCCGUUUGGGCGUCAUGAGCUUUUUGGCCAUUGUUGGCUGUCAAUACCUGGCGCAGACCCCGUCCUUGAGUGACAUUGUUCUGAACGCAGUGGCCUUGGCCUUUGUCCUUGAUGUCGACGAACUGGUCGCAAAUGUCCUCCUGACCGAGAAGCUGCGAGGCUUGUUGCCCAAGAUCCAGCCGAUCUCCUGUGGCCACACGCGGUCCCAUUUCACGCCCAUGAAGGACAUUGUGCGUUAUGCCUUGACAGUUGGUUUGAUUUCCUUCGCUUUCGUCCAUUGGCUGCUUCCCUUCAACCACAACGUGGAGGCGGCAGCUAUGGCACUUUGUGGUGGCUAUCAGGAGUUUAGCUAUUCUGGAGGCACACAGUCCGCUGCCAGCAUCAUUUUGAGGCCCAAGGACUAUGGCACCGAUGUGUGGACCUUCGAAUGCGACGACGACCACCGGGACACAUACUUUUCCAAGUACUAUGUGCCUGAUGGGAGGAAUAAGUCAAACUCAACCAACGCGACCACGAAAGUCAGUAUCGACUAUGAUGCAAAACGCAAGAAAGCUGUCCUGGAAUUUGCGUUCAACCACUUCUUCUCUCCCCAGUGCGCGGACGGGGAGAUGCUGGAACCACAGAAAGAAGAAGGGGACCGGGCUUGCAUACCGAUUCCUGAGAUGUUCAAGAAUAGCCUGCCUCCUUCGGUGACGGCGGGGCUGCCGGCCUCCUCGCUGCCGCCGGAUUGCCCUCGUCUCAAUGUCUCCAAAGGAAGCUGUGCUCAACCCCAGAUCGGAGAGUAUUGUGUUUGGAGCUGGCUGUCGGCCAAAUGCGAUGGCAAUCUCCCGCCCGGGCGAUUGUGGGAUGAUGGGUGCAACAGCGAGAUGUCCACCUACGAGAUUAUGUGUGAGACUUGGGGCCUCUUCGACAAGGGUCAUCCAGUGCAGAAUUGCAAAGCAUUUAAUCUCUGUGGAACGUCGGAGAACUGCUUGGUGCUCUAUGGAUCCUUCAUCAUGACAGUUAAUGCUGGCACUAAUCUUCCUGACGACUUUUGGCUCAUGCAAGAUCACCUUUCAUCGACCUUCCAGACGAUCAGCGGAGGUCUGCUGAUCGCGGAGUUGUACCCCUCCUUCGAAAUGGUGGAACCCUUCUGGGAUGUCAAGUUGAUCCCCAACCAGACGAAUGUGACAGUGAAGUUCACUUACAGCCACGUACCUACGACCCUUUUCCGGGACCAGUUGCUCGCCUCCACCGGCAACUUUGCAUCCAUUUUGAAUGACACCUACCGCAAGGCAUACAAUACCUCCAACCUCACCAUCGACUUUGUGACCUUCAACGAGACCUUGACACAGCUCUAUCUCACGGAGGACUACAACAACUUGAUCGGAGCUGGUGACGGUGGUGACGAUGGCUUUGGUGACGAUGGCUUUGGUGACGACGGCUUUGGGGGCUAUGGCGAUGAUGGCUUUGGGGGCUAUGGCGAUGAUGGCUUUGGGGGCUAUGGCGAUGAUGGCGGCUACGGAGGGGGCGAUAGCUAUGGAGGGGACGAUGGCUUCGGAGGGGACGAUGGUGGUGACGACGGCGGUGAUGACGGCGGUGACGACGGCGGUGACGACGGCGGUGAUGACAGCGGUGAUGACGGCGGUGAUGACGGCGGUGAUGACGGCGGUGGUGUGUAG